AUGGGCAGAUUCAUCGUGGUUGGCUCUUGCGGUAUUCUCGUUUGCGUUUUAGCAUCGCUCUAUACUAUUGGAAACCUUCUGAAUGAGAUUGAAGAGCUUCAAGUCGAGUUUCAAGAUGGCAUGAUUGAGUUCAGAGCUAUCACCCAAGACACCUGGGCUCGCAUGGUCAGCAAGCACAUCAACCCAACCGGAAAGACCGAUGCCCCACCAACAUUCCAAACUCUCUUCGGAACCCGUAGCUCUCGUCAAGCUGGAUUCGAACAAUGUAACUGUGGACCAAAAUCCGAGGCUUGUCCAGCUGGACCACCAGGACCACCAGGAGAGGCCGGACCAAAGGGAAACACCGGAAACGAUGGAGACGAUGGAAAGCCAGGAGCACCAGGAGUUAUUGUGGCUAUCACCCACGAUAUUCCAGGAGGAUGUAUCAAGUGCCCACCAGGACGCCCAGGACCAAAGGGACCAGCCGGAGGACCAGGAUCCGCCGGACCAGCCGGAGGAAACGGAAGACGCGGACCACCAGGACCACCAGGAGGACAAGGAGGACCAGGAGAGCAAGGAGACGCUGGAAGACCAGGAGCCGCCGGACGUCCAGGACCACCAGGACCACGUGGAGAGCCAGGAACCGAGUACAAGCCAGGACAGCCAGGAAGACCAGGACCACAAGGACCACGCGGAGAGGCUGGACCAGCUGGAAACCCAGGAGCACCAGGAAACGACGGAGAGGCUGGAAAGCCAGGAAACGCUGGACGUCCAGGACCACCAGGACACCCAGGAAAGAAUGGAGUUCCAGGAGAGAAGGGAGGAGAUGCCGCUCCAGGACCAGACGCUGGAUAUUGUCCAUGUCCUUCUCGCGCUGCUGCCUACAAGGCUUAA